AUGAAGCUCUCAUUCACUGUCAUCUUGAGCGCAAUAGCCGCUGUUACCUCUGCCCUUCCCACAGAUGAGGGCUUCGCCGCACGAAGCGAGCUUGUUACGAGAGCCAAUGACUACCCUUACUCCGGAAAAUGCAACGGCAAUGGAGGUGUGGAUCCUUGGAAAUUCUACAGGUGUCAAUGCACCAGCUUCGUAGCCUACCGCCUCAACAAAGCUGGCGUCAAGUUUACCAACAACUACAAAGGCGAAGGCUGGCACAACGCGAACACGUGGAAUGAGGCAGCCAAGAAAGCUGGCGUCAAGGUCAACAAGACACCCAAAGUGGGGAGUGUCGCACAGACGGAUGCAGGCUCGGCGGGCCAUGUCGCGUGGGUCACUAAGGUCGGGAAGAAGACGGUAACAAUUGAGGAGUACAAUUGGAACAACCCAGAGAAAUAUGGCACUCGUACUGUGUCGAAGGACAAGUUCAGGUACAUACAUAUCAAGAACUGAUAUGGGGGAGGUGGAUAUGAAGGUAUUAGGCGGAUGUGGAGAAGUUUGGCAGCAUCAAACGCAGCGGAAAGGGAACCUGACAGCACUAGAGAAACAACGUAUGGUAGUGCUGCAUUAGAAAGAUUGGG